GACUCGUUUGCUUGUACAGCCGCCAAGAUGAGGAAAAUUAUGAAACAGGGCAAAAUCGUAAUCGUCCUUAGUGGACGUUACGCCGGCCGCAAGGCCAUCAUUGUGAAGACCUCCGAUGAUGGUACGCCGGAGAAGCCCUUCGGUCAUGCGCUCGUUGCCGGCAUCGACAGAUACCCACGCAAGGUGACCAAGAAGAUGGGCAAGAACAAGUUGAAGAAGAAGUCCAAGAUCAAGCCCUUCCUGAAGAGCCUGAACUACAACCAUCUGAUGCCCACACGCUACACAGCGCAUGACAUCAGCUUCGAGAAACUGUCGCCCAAGGAUCUAAAGGAUCCCGUUAAGCGCAAGACGCAUCGUUUCCAGACUCGCGUCAAAUUCGAGUCGGUGUACAAAGAGGGCAAGAACAAGUGGUUCUUCCAGAAGCUGCGUUUCUAAGCGGCUACUAUAUCUGUGGAGGUCUCUUGAUUUAUUUGUCGACGUUUUUUUUUAAGGUUAAAUAAAAACAAAAUUUUCUGAUAUAAAGUGACCGAAACUAGCAAA